AUGAGUGAAUUUGAUUUGGAAGAGCCUCUCACAUCGACGGCCCGCCCACGUAAAAACGUCCGCAACCACGUGUUUCCGCACGUCGACCUGAAAAACACCACCCCAAAACAGCUCUUCGACACGAUCAUCAACACCAUCAACACCACAGGCGCUCUCAGACCGUACAGAGGCGUGGACUACGACACGCUCAAGAUCUACACCCACGCACACGGCAGCAAGACGAUGAAUCUGGUGAUCAACAUGGAUCACGACGAUGACUGGAUCCUGGACCUCGAGGACAACACCAGGACGCUCGCAGACUACGGGAUCGCCAACGAGACCGAAUUGAGCAUCUUCAAGCGGGCAGAGUACGAAAAGUUCAAGGCCAACCCGGAGGAGAAGUGGUAG